GUUCCUCGCAGCCAUCUUGAAGCUCGUAAGGUAAAGCUUUUUGUUUCCGGAUAGAAGGAUCCGCAAACACCACGGUUUUCUUUAGCCAAAAUGAUUCUCCUAGAGAUCAACAAUAGGAUUAUAGAAGAGACACUGAGAGCCAAGUUCACGGGUGGGAAGUUUGAGUCCGUGGAUAUAACGGUGGCAGAUUUCGAUGGAGUGCAGUUUCAUAUCUCUAACCCCAAUGGUGAAAAAUCAAAGAUCAUGCUCAGCAUUUCUAUGAAAUUCUACUCUGAUUUACAAAAGUAUGGAGCUGAUGAGCUGCUCAAAAAAGUAUAUGGAAGCUUCAUGACAACUCCUGAAGAGGCCUAUGAUGUUUCCCUGUUGAUUGACUUAGAGCAAUUGCCAUCUGAUGAGAAGGAAAAAGAGGAACUUAUUCAGAAAUUUGCUCUGUUGAAAAGAAACUGCUUUGCCUCAGUGUUUGAGAAAUAUUUUGACUAUCAACAAGCUGGCUCUGGUGGAAAAACUCAGGCAGUCAUAAAUUACAGAGAAGAUGAGUCCAUGUAUGUCCAAGCAACAGAUGAUCGUGUUACAGUUGUCUUCAGUACUGUAUUUAGAGAUGAUGAUGAUGUGAUCAUUGGUAAAGUCUUCAUGCAGGAAUUCAAAGAGGGCCGUCGUGCAAGCCAGACAGCACCACAAGUCAUCUUCAGUCACAAAGAACCCCCACAGGAAUUGCAGGGAACUGGUGCCAAGACAGGCGAUAACAUUGGAUAUAUCACCUUUGUUCUUGAACCACGUCACACAAAGCCUGAUGCUCGAGACAGCACCAUCAAUCUUAUUCACACCUUCAGGAACUACCUGCAUUAUCACAUCAAAUGCUCAAAGGCCUAUCUUCAUUCAAGGAUGAGAGCCAGAACAGCAGAAUUCAUCAAAGUACUCAACAGAGCCAAACCGGAACAGAAAACAACAGAGAAGAAAACUGUGAAGGGUACGACGUUUGUUCGUCAGUAAGGAUCAAUUUCUUGUUGGUUUCAACCGCCCAACCAAAUGCUGGAGCUGAACGCUACGAGCUGAUUUGUGGGAAAAGAAGCAAAGUUUAAUCUUAUAUCUUGAAUCUUACGUUUUCUAUUGCAUUUUAUAUGUAAAAUUAAGAGGAGUCCUUGAAGUAAAGAUGUUACGCACGGUAGUGAAGCUCAGUUUGAAGUAAAACGCCAUUUUGUUA